GAAGAGUGAGGGGGGGGGGUAUGCGUGGUGAAGCGUGGCAGCGUCUGAGGAAACACGAGGGGUAUAUAAGAGUGGCAGUGGAGAGCCGCGUUCUUAGUUCGAGUGAGCGUCCCUCCCUGUUAACUCAUCAGCUUCCCUCCGCACAUACACGCACCACCACCGCCAUGAGUUCCGACGCCGCUGAAGUCAAGGUCGCCGAGGAGACCAAGAAGGAGGAGGCGAAGGAGGAGGCGAAGGAGGAGGUGAAGGAGGAGGCGGCGAAGGAGGAAGCAAAGGAAGAAGACACCAAGGAGGAGGCGAAGGAGGAGAAAAAGGAGGAGGAGAAGAAGGACGAGGCGAAGGAGGAGGUGAAGGAGGAGGAAAAGAAGGAGGAGGAGAAGGAACAGGAGGAGGCCAAGGAUGAAAGUAAGGCCGAGGAAGAGAAGCCCGCUGAGGAGAGCCCCGCUGUCAUCGAAGACACCAAGAAGGUCGAGGAGGAGGCGCCGAAAGAAGCGGCAGAACCUGAGUCUUAAUAGUAACCUAGCCACCACGAGCUUCUUCUGUUUACCUUCCCGCCCUCACUGAAGGUUUCCGACUCCAAUCGCUUCAUCUCAGCUGCAUACACCUCCUCCUCCUUACCCUCCAAACUUCAAUGUCUCUUCACUCUUACCCCUGAAUACAGCUCAGUUUUCUCCUCAGCUUCAAAUUAAUCAUUCUCUCUGUUUUACUUUAAUUCUCGUCUUCUGUUUUCUCUUUAUCCUCGCCUUAAGCAGCUACCCAGUUUCUUUCUCUCCUCCUUGGCGUGUAGAUGUACAGACUAUCAUUCGCUUCAGUUUCCCUCCCUCCUCAUUCCCUAGACACGUAAGCUCUCUCUAACUCUCUCGUCCACCUCCUCCUCUCCGAACCCCGUCUCUGUGGGCUCGUGAGGAAGCAGUAGUGAUAGAGAUGAGGAAAUACGUAAUAGGUACGGUAUAUUGCUUGUAACACUGACUGUCGUAUGCAUUCCUGCCACUUGUAUAGCAGACAGAGUACGCAAACCCAUCCAGACGUUCGUAUUGGAGAAAAGGAUGCCAAAGAAUCAAAGAAAAUGGAAAAGUCUUAACAGUAACUCAACUAUUUCUUGUCUUCCUCCCUGUUAGUAGUGGUCUAUCUGUUUUCCAUUUUGUAUGUGAACGAAUGAGACAAUCAGACCCAAUGGCUGUAAAUUAGUUGCAGGUCAUGUUCACCUGUAGACUAACAAAACAAAUACUACGGUGGUGCCUUAACAUUUGUGCCUUCCCGUUUUCUAUAGGAGAAACAAACCCACACUAUUGUAUACAGUUUUCAUGUCAACACUAAUGGGAGAUGACAAAUAAUAGAAAGUUGGUUAAUUUAUACAGUUCCAAUGGUAUCAGUUUCGUAGCCAAGUGUUCCUCCUCCAUUUGAUUUUUUUUUUUUUUUCUUUCUCUUGUCCAGCCGAGCCACGCGUUUGAUCCUGAAGCAGAGUGUGUUGGAGGUGACUCUGGUGUGAGUGAUAGGUGAGAAUUGACUCUAGUCGCACAGGUACACCAGUAGAGCAUUCUGAGAGCAUUAUCCUACCAUUAUCCUCUUCUAUCUCUAUUACAAAGGCAUCAGAACAAUUCCUCUCCUUGCUAUUACUAUUAUUAGCAUUAUUAUUACAAUGCAUUCAGUAAAAUCGUCCUGUUGAGUUAUAUCAAUGUAGAGUUAAUAAGAGUCAAGUUUCCUUUCUUAUUCUUACACUCGAAGGCAAUUAAGGAGUUCCAUACACUUUUCCUGUACCUUUUUUCCUUCUCCUUAAUCACUUCACAUCCUACGGGACAUUAUUUACACCGCCAUGCUCAAGUCACGCAUCUUAACCCGUGAUCGUAAGGCAAGUCUAGAGCGUCAUGAUGUGAGCUCCUGCCUUCCUCUCUUUCCUACCUGGCCACGAUCCUCUCCCUCCAAGACGCUGGUGUAGAAUCUAAUACUAAGUGUGUCGUGUGUGAAGAGAAAGUUAGGUGUGGAAUCUUUAUUAAGGGUGAUUUUGUGUGUGGUGGAUGCUUGUAUGUUUUGUUGUCAGUUUUUUUUUCUCCUUUUUUUUCCACGUGUUCUGCAAGGUUGGAUAUAUAGUAAGAGGAAAAUUAUAACUUGUAUGGAUGUGGUGAGAGAAGAAAGAGAAUAAAUAUACUGUGAAGACUGAAGA